UUUUCAAGGAGGAUAAUGUGGCUUGUGUGUGGGGCUACCAACAACAACCCAUCAGUCAUCGCCCACAAUUACAUUAAUUCCGUCAAGAGCGUUGGUGUUCAUCGGUUGGCAAUCAAUGCAUCGAGGCAUGGUGGUCCAUUUUCAGGAAAGAAGCGUUGUGAUUUGCACUUCAGGGCCACCGUAUUACACAGAUCCCACAGCGCCUGCCAGGAAGGACAGCAGGGGGGGUGUUUCCCAGUGCAUAAAAGAGGGAAACAAACCCAUGUGCUGUGUUUCCAUCUGGAGUCCAGACUAAAGGAAGAUACUGCAGGGAGAGCCAGAGCCGGUCUACAGUCUCAAACCAUGAACUCAGCUGUCGUUGCCUUCCUCAGCUCUCUGCUUGUUCUCUGUGCUCAAGGAGACCCAGGGAACAGAUCCCAGAAAUGCAAGUGUUUAAACGGUUUUAUCGGCCGCGUCACCCCACAUCUCAUCAAGUCAGAGCCAGUCAUACACCAGCCAAACAUCUUCUGUCCUCAGUUGGAAAUUAUUAUUACUUUAACAGGAAAUAAGGAGAAAUGUGUGAAUCCACUGUCACCAUUUGGAAAGCUGCUUCUGAAAAACCAAAAGAAGAACGAGAGCAAAGCAGCUGUGGUCAUGACAACGGCCUCCAGUCAAACGAACACCUGGAGCUCAACACGACUCCGCUCCACACACUCUGCACCUAGGACGAUGUAGUGGCAGCGAAACACUGUUGUUACAAUGGAAGAUGUUCACUAUUAUUGCCUUUGUUUAUUUUAUUAAAAUAAGUGUCCAAAAUGUUCUCAGUGGCCAGUGUUCCGUUUUCUGUUCUCUUAAUUUAACUUAGCUUCACAUGUAUAUAUGAAGGAGUCAAUCUGUACAUACAUUUUCAAGAAAAUAAAACACACCUGAUGGA